CGCCAAUAAGGGUGAACUGAGAGAAGAGCUGCUCUCUCCACACUAGCACAUGAAGAUGGGAAGGAAAGCGGAGGCGCUCCUCAGCUUCAUGAGUACGCGCUCGGCGUUAACGGUGCGCCGAUCCGCUCGUGACCUUCACUCCUAGAUGGAAGCGCGAGGAAGCGUCUGGAUCCACUUGGCACAAGAGGAAACCGAUCGCACAAAGUAAUGGGGAAUAGUGCACCCAAACCGCUUACAGUAGAUGCAAACCUACAGCACCGCCCUGUGGCUAGCCGCCAGUAUUACAUUCUUCCACAUGGCACAGUGGAUAGGAGGUCAUCUGCGUUGGCUGCUAGCCUGGAGUCUCCGCGCUUUCACCCGCAGGCAAAGGGCAAGAACAUUCGUUUGGAUGCGCAGCUGCGACGUGCCACACGCAAGAACAGCUUCUGCCAUGGCCUGACAUUCAGCCAGCGGCCAAUUCGUCUCUAUGAGCAGGUACGCUUGCGUCUGUCAGGGGUGCACUCAGGCUGGAGCGGUGCACUUCGCUUUGGCUUCACCAGUCUAGACCCAGGCGAGCUUGCUUCAUCUGACAUUCCCAAAUACGCCUGCCCAGACCUGGUGGCAAGGCCUGGCUACUGGGCCAAGGCCCUUCCCGAGAGACUGGCAGCCAGGGACAAUGUGCUGGCUUUUUGGGCCGACCGGCAUGGCCGUGUCUUUUACACAGUAAACGAUGGUGAGCCUGUACUGUUUCACUGUGGCUUGAGUGCUGGCCGUCCACUCUGGGCCAUCAUAGACAUCUAUGGGCUCACACAGGAAGUCACAUUGCUUGAAAGCACAUUUGCAGACAGUACAAGCUGCAUGAGCAUGACUCGUCUCAGUGCCUAUCUGCCUCCUAGCAACCACGACUCGGCAAACUAUAGCAACAACCAGUUAGAGAGCAACCAGGCUGCCAAGAUGGCUGCCUUGCAUCUCAGCAACUCCAUGCAGCUGAGCCCCUGCUGCUCCUCCUCUUCCUCCUCCUCAUCCCCUUUCGGUGUCUCGCGGUUAUCCCGUGGCCUUCCCUCUACACUUGAUGCCGACCUGCGCUUUCACCCGGUGCGAGGUGCAGACGUGCUCCUGUCCAGCGACCGUGCUAUGGCCUGUGUCCACUCUCUGGAGGGCAUUCGGACUUUGGUGUUUAGUGACAGGCCUAUGAGGUUAGGUGAGACUCUGUUUGUGGAGGUGAGUCACGUGGGCCCCCCUUGCCUUGGCAUGCUCCUUUUUGGCAUGACAUCAUGUGACCCAGGCACAUUACACACUGCAGAGUUGCCGGCUGAGCCUGAUGCUCUCCUCGAUCGUAAGGAGUAUUGGGUGGUUCACCGUGGUCUCCCCGCACUUGCACCUGGUGACGUACUCAGCUUCAUGCUUCUGCCUGACGGAGAAGUGCAUCAUGGGAUUAACGGGGUAUCUCGUGGUCGCUUGCUGUGUGUCGACUCCUCUCAGGCUCUUUGGACCUUCUUCGCUCUGCGUGGUGCCAUCAAUCGACUCAGGAUAUUAGGAACACUGCAGGCAAGUCCCUCCACAUCCCCCUCUGUAUCACAUGGCACAGCAUCCGAUGACAGUGACUCUGACCUGACUUUUAGUGUCAACAGAUCCUCAUCUGCUUCAGAGUCCUCACUGGUGACAGCUCCCAGCUCGCCUCUCAGUCCCCCUGUCUCGCCCAGCCUCUCUUUCCCAGAGAUGCCACUAAGCAGUAAGGGUGGUGAAUGCACCGUGUGCUUUGAUCAGGAGGUGGACACUGUCAUUUACACGUGCGGACACAUGUGUCUCUGUCAUGAGUGUGGACUCAAGCUAAAGAAACAGAUUAACGCCUGCUGCCCAAUCUGCCGGAGACCCAUCAAGGAUGUGAUCAAAACUUACAGGCCAUGAGCAGACGACUCAGAACUCACCAAGCAUCUGAGAAGCAGCUUUCUAUACCGAGCUUGGUUUGCAAUUCAGGACUGUUCUGUAGCUUAGACUCCUGUAGCGUAACCUCACUCUUUAUCCCCAAUCCCAAACCUCAGACCUGCCCAGUGGGAUAUUAUAUAUAUAUAAAUUUGAGAACAUGAGGUUAGUCUGAUGCUUGCUCAGACAUUUUAGUGCCUUUGAUGUUUGUCUCAAAAGCAUCACCUCCCAACCUGACAAUCAUAUUUGAUAAAUUUGGAUAUACAGAAUAUAUCAGAGGGGCACAGAGAGGCUCGUAAACAGACAGUUAUUUUGGUUUGAUAUUUUAAAAGUAAAUAUAUUUGUGUUGUGUAAAAUUAAGAAUAAAAGAAAUCUAUUCAUAUGUAUAGUGAAAGAUGAGGACAUUUAUUGCACUUAACUGAGUAAUCUGCAAAUAGACAGAAUUUCUGAAGGCAUUUAUGUACAAAGUGUUUUAAGAAUAUACAUGAAAAUAUUUUUUGUAAAAGUUUAAUUUCAUUAUUAUAACUGUAUGAUUAUGUGAAAUGGUAUAUAGCUGGUAAACACAUUCUUUUAAUGAGUUAAUUCUCAGUUAAAUAAAUUUCAACCAGAGCGCACACAACACUAGAAGAGUGUUUACUAUAGGCCAAUUAUUUUCAUUUCAGUAUUUUCAGUAGUCGUCAAAAUAUGAGUAUUAUUAACUCCUUUAGAGACUAAUACACUUGGUCAACUACAUUCUUUGAAGGGAAAAAUAGGGUUGUGAGUUUGCUGGAUAAAUUAGUUUUUUUUUUUUUUUAAGGGUUCACUCAGUUGUGGGGUUAUAUAUUUAAGCAUACAGGCUUGUCAUGAACAUAUGUUACCUUUGUUUUAAUCUUAUCUCCUGCAUUUGGACAGUAUUACAUACCACAUUUGUGCAUUUGCUGAACAUAUGCUUAUUGUAAGUGUGAUUGUCACCAGAUUACAAAAUGUAUUUUUAUUUUUUUUUUGUAUUUUGACAAUCAAAUACAGGAGUGUCUCACCUUGCUCCUGGAGAUAACUGCCUCUAAAGUUUCCCCUAAUUUGUUACUUCUGAUACAGCGUAUCAGGUUUUGUUAAAUUAGGGUUUGAACUAGACUAGAAAUGGAUUCAACUAUCACUAUUAAAUAAACACUCAAAUUUGAUCUCAGGAAAGUGUUGACAUGGGCACUGCUUAAAUGUAACCAUUUACACUAUGUGUUUGGAGAAAGUGUAAUUUUUUUUACAUAACUCUAAAUCCCCCUGUACCUGGCAAAUCAGUAGCAAAUAAAUAUUUUUUUUUUGCUUGUGAUCUUUAUACCCUUGCACAGAAAAUACUAAAUUUGAAAAUAUGAAAUUACAUACAUAAAAAAAGCUGCUUAAUGAG